AUGUCUCCUGAAUCCAAAAAACUUUUCAACAUCAUUAUCUUGGGAGUCUCAUUUAUGUUUAUAUUCACUGCUUUCCAAACCUGUGGAAAUAUUGCGCAAACUGUUAUCACAAAUUUAAACAGCACGGACUUCCAUGGCAGUGGCUACACAAGCAUGUCCAUUAUUUAUGGAGUAUUCUCUGCAUCAAAUCUUAUCUCACCCUCAGUGGUUGCUAUAGUAGAACCUCAGCUCUCCAUGGUUGUUAGUGGUGUAUUUUAUAGCCUAUACAUUGCAGUUUUUAUCCAACCUACUACAUGGGCUUUCUACACUGCUUCUGUUUUUAUUGGCAUUGCAGCUGCUGUCCUGUGGACAGCACAGGGAAAUUGCUUGACUGUAAAUUCAGAUGAAAACACCAUUGGAAGGAACAGUGGAGUAUUUUGGGCGCUCUUGCAGUCCAGCUUGUUUUUUGGAAACCUCUAUAUAUACUUUGCUUGGCAAGGAAAAACUCACAUAUCAG